AUGGCUCGAAAACGUAAGUAUUCUCAAGUUACUGUUGCUGAGAAAGCUGUGUCUUCAAAUCUACCUGGGGAAUCUAGAGACUUGCAAAAGAAAUUCUCGAAACAACCUGUUCGAGUGCGUACAGUGAGGAAAAUUAAAAGCGAUUCAUUACCCGCUAUUGUACAAGAUCCGAGGAUAAGUCAAGUACAAAAUACAAGAACCAGAAGAGACACUCAGAGGAAACGUCUGAAACAACCUCUUCGCACCGACACACUGAGGAAUAUCCUAAACAAUUCUCUACCUGUUGUUGCUCAUGAUCUGAAUAACAAUCAAGUACGAAAUGAAAGCCUCAGAGGAAAUACACAAAACAAGCAUCCGAAACAACCUGUUUGUGUUAAUACAGUCAAUAAUACUCAAAAUGAUUCUCCAUUUACUAUUGUUCAAGGUCCAAAUACCAAUCAAGUGCAAACCAUCAGCAUCUCCAGAAACACACAGAGAAAACGUUUGAAACAACAUUGUCGAGUCGGUACAGUGAUGAAUGCCCAUAAUAAUUAUCUACCAUCUAUUGCUCAGGAUCUAAGUGCCAAUCAAGUACAAAAUAAAAACACCAGCAGUGACGCACAGAGGAAACGCCCGAAACAACUUGUUCGAGUCAAUACAGUGAUGAAUACUAUUCAAAACGAUUCUCCAUCUGCUAUUGCUCAAGAUCCAAGUACCAGUCAAAUGGAAACUAAAAGUACACGUGCAGACACGCAGAAACAAUGUCAGAAACAAUCUGUUUGUGUUGAUACUUUGAGGAAUAUCGAAACUGAUUCCCCAUCUUCUAUUACACAAGAUCUGAAUACCAACCAAGUGCAAAAUAUAAACCUCAGCGGAGAAGGUUGGUCACUGAGUGAAAUGGUAAAAGAAUGUAAAUGCUCCAUUUGCCUUGAUACAUCUGAACAUGUGAGAUUGAAAUAUCUUCCAUGUUUUCAUAAAUUUCACAAGGCGUGUAUCAACAAGUGGUUGGACAUGAAAAGAAUAUGUCCUAUUUGCCGUUUGACCUUUCAGAAUAUCCAGAGCACCUCAAGUAAUCAAUCAGAGCUUUGA